AUGGAUGGCUUUAAUGUUGACGAGACUCAACAAGAGUCACCAAACUCUGCACCCGAAAUUGAAACCAUAUCGAACGGAACAGAAUCUCACGAAUAUCGCGUACCAGAAUGGUUCUUGAAGGAAAAUAUCAAGACAGCAACUGAUCUUGCCCAUUACAAGCCUCGUGUGCAGUUUGCUGGCAGGUUUCAUAAAAGAGGAAAUGACAUUGUUGAAGUCUGCGAGAUUAGCCGCAGCUUAAUGGAGGAACUGAACGAUAUCACGCUCGCGACAUUUGCUCGUAAUAGUGACGGCAAAUUACCUCCUGAAUUACCAACAGUGGAACUUGAAACAUGGUCCGUGGAUCUUAUUGAACCGCUUGACGAAGUCGUCUUGUAUAUCGCCAAAGAUAUAGGCGCGGCUGUCAUAUCAAUAGAUCUUGAAGACCUCAAAGAGUUGAGCUACGAAUUCUGGCGACAGGACGCCGAACAUGGCCAAGCACCGCUGAUUGAUGAUUAUGCGAUGCCAUCAUUUAAGGAGAAAUCAUACGUCUCCUACUACUUCGGUGUUAGGUCAGAGCGACACGAGUCAAAAGGCGCUUGGUUGCGGGUUAACCGGGCCAUUUCAGCAAUCGUCAACGCUGCGCGUGUAAAUUCCCAAGGAUGUCUUUCCAAAGAAGCCUCACGCGAAUUACCUAUCAUUCUUCAUCUCCGCAAUACGAAUCGGAUAUUGGAUAUGGAUGAAAAAUGCAGACUCUUAGCCCGGCUCCGCAACUUUCUCCAGGAACAUCGGAAGGCUGGGGAGAACCUCGUUUUAGUGGCAAAUACAUUGACUUUCGAGAAGCCAUUGCGUACUGGCGACAACUAUGGCGAGUAUGACCGUGAGCUGAUUCGAAAACUUAAGCGAAAGAUGGGAGUUUGCGACGAAUCUUCUUUGAUGAUGGGGUGGAGUCAUUACAGAGGCUCUGUACCGCAAAGUGAAGGAUACCCCGUGAACAUUAACUCGCGGCGCCUGAAGACAUUUCUAAGGAAUAGACUGGCCAACGGUACUUCCAUGGAUAUCCUACGCCGAAGCUCAGACUGGAGUCACUUUCCGAACCUAUGUUGCGAACUUUGGCGCGAGAGCGACCUAAAACGGGCGGCACUUCAAAUUGCAGGAAGAAUGGCUAAGAAACCUGCCGAAAGCCUUAAUGACAAUAUUGGAACUGUUCUUAGUCGUUUCAGGAUGUAUCUGAAACCUAGAAUCGAGGAACCAGUCCAAGAUGAUAAGGCAGAUGAAGUUUCAACGUGGGACGAGAAAAUGAGACGCCUUAAAAGAGGCUGUGACUGUUGCGAAUGCGAAGUUAUAGCUUCUAUGGCCAAUCCAGGCAAAACACCUCGAGCUUCUAUGUCGAACUUCUGCCUUCAAGCCAGUUCAAGUCUACUUUCCAGCCAGGUCCAGAUCAAUGGUGCCUUGCUUUACGGACCUACGGGAAUAGGCAAGACACAUCUGAGUCGCGCCAUCGCUAAAGAUUCGGGAAUGAAUAUGAUUAAGAUCGAUUCUACUUAUAUCAACACUAUGCGAUUUGGAGGUGGUCAAAAGCACAUCGAAGCUUACUUUACACUUGCUUCGAAACUUUUCCCGUGCAUUUUAUUUAUUGACAAUGCGGAUGCUUUGUUCUAUCGUCGUGAUUCCGAUGGCGAAAUCUCCGAGAGAAAGGCGCUUACUAAAUUUCUAAAUUGCCUUGAUGAAACUGUACACGAUAAAAGGCGACCGCUCCUAAUCGCUGCUUCGAAUCGCCCUUGGGAUCUUGACGACGCAUUGCUCCGUCGACUACCGCAGAAGUUGUUCUUUGAACUCCCAGAUGAGGAGUCCCGGUUGAAGAUAUUUCGACUCUUCCUGAAAGACGAAAAUAUCCAUCCCUCGCUCGACAUUGAGAGAUUGGCAAAGGUUACCGUGGGUUAUUCAGGUUCGGAUAUAAGCAAUCUGUGCGGAAAAGCUGCUACGAUUUGGACGAUUGAGCAGGAACAGGCUCAGGUCGGAGACGACUUGAAGGAGAAGGCCAAACUAUGUCUCGAGACUCGUCAUUUUAGCAAGGCUCUCCAAGGAACCGGACCGAGCGUGUCUAAGAAAACCCUCGCGCAAUUCGCCAGUUUUACCGAACAGUACAAUGCGACUGUUUUAGAGGAGUCAUGA